AUGUUGGCCCCGUCCGAACCGAAAGAUCGUCUUGCAGAUUCAGACUCAGACGCGAUGAUGGAAGCAGCAGCAGAAGCAACAGAGAAGAAAAGAUCCAAAUGGCUGACAGUCCGCGAAGCCAUCUGGGAUGGGGAACGGAGUGAAGAGGAGAGGAAAUUGGUCCAACGCCUCGAUUUGCAUGUCAUGACAUGGGCCACCUUCGGCUACUUCAUACGGCUGCUCGACUCGGGCAACGUGACCAACGCAUACGUGUCCGGGAUGAAAGAAGAUCUCGGCUUCCACGGCGACCAAUAUAACCUGCUAACCACGUUCUUUACGUGCGGAUACCUGGUCGCCCAGAUCCCGUCGCAGUUUUUCCUCACGCGCAUCCGGCCGUCCUAUUACUUGCCCACGGCCGAGCUGGUGUGGUCGAUCAUCACGUUCUGUUUCGCCGCGGUGCAGAAGGUCGAGCAUGUCUUCGCCUUGCGCUUCUUGGUCGGCAUGCUCGAGGCCCCGUUCGCCGUGGGCGUCUUGACUGUCAUGGGGAGCUGGUACACGCCGCGCGAGCUGGGCAAACGCAUCGCCAUCUUCUAUUCCGCCAGCUAUGCGGCCAGUAUGUUCAGCGGGUAUCUGCAGGCGGGCAUCUAUAAGAAUAUGGACGACCAUCUCGGCCUGGCUGGGUGGAGGUGGCUGUUCAUUUUCUGUGGUGUCAUCUCCUUGCCUGCCGCCUUCUGGGGGUUUUAUGCUGUCCCGGAUAAUCCCUAUACCACCAAGGCUCGCUGGAUCAGUGCCGGGCAGAGAGUCAAGUACCUGGCUCGCAUGGAGGUGUUGGACAGGCGCGGGCCCGUGAGAUUGUCGUGGGCCAAGAUGAGGAAGAUCGUUGCGCAUUGGCCUAUCUAUGUCAUGACCUUGACUUUGAUAUUCCAUUGUAUCGCCACUCAGCCCUUGAAUUACUUUUCCGUCUGGUUGAAGUCGUUGAAUCGAUUUUCCGUCUACCAGAUCAACCUCUUCCCUACCGCGGCACAGGCACUGGGGCUUGUCACCACACUGGCGUACAGCUGGAUCUCGGAUGCGCUGGGAGGGAAGCGAUGGCAACUUAUGAUUCCACCGGCGACCUUCAACUUCAUUGGGAUGGUCGUGGUCGCUUCUGGACCCGGAUACGCUGCUACCUUUUUCGGAUACAUGAUAAAUGCGGCGUCGUGGGGAUACUGGCCUGUGGUAUAUGCCUGGGCGAAUGAGAUCUGCCACGACGACGCAGAAGAGAGGGCCAUUGUCAUCGGCGUGGCCCAGACAUUCGGCCAGGCUUUUAUCGCGUGGGUUCCUGUCGUCAUUCUCGAUGUGGGAAAAUAUGCGCCGAGGUUCAAGCUGGGCUUUUGUGUCAUGAGCGGCAUUAGCGUCUUGCAAUUUAGCAUGAUCUUUGUCUUGAGAUAUUUCGUCAGACGGGACAAGGCAAGGAAGAAGCAAGAAGCCGACAAUUUCGACGUGACCGGCAAUCAAAUGAGAGGCUCGGAUGUUCAAGUCAAGCCGGAGAAUGAUGGACUCAAAUACGAUGGCCUCGUCAGGGUGCAGACAUCCAGCAUAGACUCGGCAGCAGAGAGGUGA